AUCUAAAUCUUGAUUUAUACGUUUCAUAUCAAGCCGUAGAUACCUAUCAGCAGCAGUCCAUCCCGCGUACACCGUUGAUGUUCAUUUCCACAAUCGAAUUCAUCGGAUUUCCACCGACAUCAGCUGCUUACACACUCCGCAUACCCACACCCAUCCGGAUCCAGUCCCUUCUCUCGUAAUUCACUUUCCACCACACUUUUCCAGUUCAUACAUCUCUUGUCUCCAAUGGAGUACAGAAGAAUCAAAGAUCAGGAUAAGAUUGGGGAUCCUGUUAAUGAAGACAUUGAGAGCUUACGUGGCAAACCUAUUUUGGAUGUUGCUGCACCUUAUGAUAAAACAAAGUGGAAGAUGAAGUCGGUUGUUACGUUAGCGUUGACUUUUCUUACGAGCUCCCAGGCCAUACUUAUCGUCUGGUCGAAAAGAGCUGGAAGAUAUGAGUAUAGUGUCACAACGGCUAACUUUUUGGUUGAGGCUUUGAAAUGUGCACUAUCACUUGUGGCAUUGGGUAGAAUAUGGAGAACUGAAGGUGUGACUGAUGAUAAUAGGUUGAGUACAACAGUGGAUGAAGUUAGUGUUUAUCCCAUUCCUGCAGCACUCUACCUUGUCAAGAAUUUGCUCCAGUACUAUAUCUUCGCGUAUGUGGAUGCUCCAGGGUAUCAGAUACUCAAAAACCUGAAUAUCAUCAGCACCGGUGUGUUGUACCGCAUAAUUCUCAAGAAGAAGUUAAGCGAGAUCCAGUGGGCUGCUUUCAUUUUACUCUGUGCGGGUUGCACAACAGCACAGCUUAAUCCUUCUUCUGAUCAUGUUCUUCAGACUCCUUUUCUAGGCUGGAUGAUGGCCAUUGUCAUGGCACUCUUAAGUGGUUUUGCUGGAGUGUACACAGAGGCUAUAAUUAAAAAACGGCCUUCUAGAAACAUAAAUGUGCAGAACUUUUGGUUAUAUGUGUUUGGGAUGGCGUUCAACCUUAUUGCAAUACUGGUCCAAGAUUUUGAUGCUGUUGUGAACAAGGGAUUUUUCCAUGGAUAUUCGCCAAUUACCGUUCUCAUGAUUAUCAACCAUGCCCUAAGUGGGAUCGCUGUGUCGAUGGUGAUGAAGUAUGCCGACAAUAUUGUGAAGGUUUACUCGACAUCUGUAGCAAUGCUACUAACAGCAGUUGUUUCUGUAUUUCUGUUUAAUUUUCAUCUAUCACUCGCUUUCUUCUUGGGAUCCACUGUCGUUUCAGUUUCGAUCUAUUUGCAUUCCAUUGGAAAGCUGCAGAGAUGAUGAUGCCAGAUUCGUUUUGUUUUUUCAUACAAUCCAGCGUUGAAUGUAGUCGUGUAAUUUGAGUUCAAUAGUCACCGUCAGUUUUAGAAUGUACUACAUAUCACUUAUGAUAUAAACAUAUACUGUGGCUUGUCUAAAUUCUUUUAUAUGUUAAAGAUAUCAUUCAGACA